GAAGCUGAGCAGUGGUGCCAUGAUCUUUGUCAACCCUUGGCAGUACAACCAUGCCAUCAUCGCCCUGAAGGAUGUGAAGCUCUACCCCGACCAUGUGAUCUUCGCGGAGUCUUUCGAGUACUUAGUUGCGGAGGUGCUUGAGCAGCAUGGAACCUGGGUGAAGGAUCGAAGCACCCUCGACAUCCAGGAAGCGCAGCUAACCUCCGCAGAUCCAGAUUCUUUGGGCCUGGCAGAGGAUGGAGAUGAGGAGCUAAGAUCUGACCAGGAUCCUGGAGCCUUCACCUCAUGGCAGCCCCUCAUGUUCGUGAACAAGACGUUCGUCUGCCUGGCUCCUGUAAAGAGCUCCGCCAUCACCACGGCAUCCAGCACGGACGUGCGCAAUCCCAAUGCCAACCCACGCCGUGUCGAACCGCCUGAACUUUGA